AUGGAGCUCGUCGAGAACAUGGCGGCUAGCGAUCAAGCAAUCCUUCAUGAUCACACUUAUGUUCCCACAAAAAGAAGCCUCUUGGAGCUUAGCACGCAGGACGCAACUUUGGUACAAAACAAGCUGUUGACGAGGCAGAUAGAAGCCCUCAUCGAAACCCUCAGCAAGCUGCCUCAACAAUUACAAGCGAUAAGUUCUUCCCACUCUUCUGUUUUGCAGGUAGAAGAAUGCCCCACAUGCAGAGGGACACAUGAGCCUGGACAAUGUGCAAGCCAACAAGACCCCUCUCGUGAAGUAAAUUAUAUAGGCAUACUAAAUCGUUACGGAUUUCAGGGCUACAACCAGGGAAAUCCAUCUGGAUUCAAUCAAGGGGCAACAAGAUUUAAUCACGAGCCACCGGGGUUUAAUCAAGGAAGAAACUUCAUGCAAGGCUCAAGUUGGACGAAUAAAGGAAAUCAAUAUAAGGAGCAAAGGAACCAACCACCAUACCAGCCACCAUACCAGCACCCUAGCCAAGGUCCGAAUCAGCAAGAAAAGCCCACCAAAAUAGAGGAACUGCUGCUGCAAUUCAUCAAGGAGACAAGAUCACAUCAAAAGAGCACGGAUGCAGCCAUUCGGAAUCUAGAAAGAAGAGCGCAGGAGGAGGGUAAGGUUGAAGGAGAAGACUGGCCAGAAGAAGGAAGGACAGAGAAGACAGAAGAAGAAGAGAAGGUGGCAUCACCACCUAAGACCAAGAGCCAGAGAGCAAGGGAAGCCAAGAAGGAAGAACCACUAGCCCUUCCACAGGAUCUCCCAUAUCUUAUGGCACCCACCAAGAAGAACAAGGAGCGUUACUUUAGACGUUUCUUGGAAAUAUUCAAAGGGUUAGAAAUCACUAUGCCAUUCGGGGAAGCCUUACAGCAGAUGCCCCUCUACUCCAAAUUUAUGAAAGACAUCCUCACCAAGAAGGGGAAGUAUAUUGACAACGAGAAUAUUGUGGUAGGAGGCAAUUGCAGUGCGAUAAUACAAAGGAAGCUACCCAAGAAGUUUAAAGACCCCGGAAGUGUUACCAUCCCGUGCACCAUUGGGAAGGAAGCCGUAAACAAGGCCCUCAUUGAUCUAAGAGCAAGUAUCAAUCUGAUGCCCUUGUCAAUGUGCAAAAGAAUUGGGAAUUUGAAGAUAGAUCCCACCAAGAUGACGCUUCAACUGGCAGACCGCUCAAUCACAAGGCCAUAUGGGGUGGUAGAAGAUGUCCUGGUCAAGGUACGCCACUUCACUUUUCCGGUGGACUUUUUUAUCAUGGAUAUCGAAGAAGACACUGAGAUUCCCCUUAUCUUAGGCAGACCCUUCAUGCUGACUGCCAACUGUGUGGUGGAUAUGGGGAAUGGGAACUUAGAGUUGACUAUUGAUAAUCAGAAGAUCACCUUUGACCUUAUCAAGGCAAUGAAGUACCCACAGGAGGGUUGGAAGUGCUUCAGAAUAGAGGAGAUUGAUGAGGAAGAUGUCAGUUUUCUCGAGACACCAUAG